AUGGCGACCGAGGUAGCGGUGGAGGACUUGCGAUCGGCGCGGCCGCGCGAUCCGCGUGCUGUCGGGAAGGUGGAGCAGUACAUGACGCGCGACCCGAUCUGCUUCCGUCGCGAUACGCCUCUUGAGGACGCCCUGCGCGCGCUAAUAGAGCACAAGAUCAGCGGCGCGCCGGUGGUGGAGCCGUACGAGGGCGACUCGACGGGCAGCGGCAGGCUGGUGGGCGUGAUCAGCGAGGAGGACCUGCUGUGGAAGGAGGUGGACGCGACUGAUAAGGAGCUUGAAACCGCAUUCCGCGCGCCCUACCUUUGGUCAAUGAUGACGUCAGACACGAGCAUGCUAGAGACCUACGAGGACCAGGCUCUUAAAGUUCUCUCCCAGACCGUGGGUCUCAGCAUGAGCGAGCAGUCCAUCUCGGUCACCCCCGACACGCCCGUUAAAGACGCCGCUACUAUCAUGCUGGAUGCGAAGAUUAAAAGGCUGCCUGUGGUUGCGCCCCGGGAGGGGGGCCGGCCGGGUGUGACUGUAGUGGGUGUGAUUUCGAGGAAUGAUGUCCUGAGGCAUGUGCUGAGUGUGCUUACAGAGAGGGGAGGGACGGUGGGGGGAGAGGCGCGUGGAGAGGGGGAGAGGGAGGGGGGACGGGGGAGGGUGGAGGCAGGGGCAGGGGGAGCAGCGGGUAAGGGCGGAGAAGGUGGUAAGGCAGGGGAGAGUGAGGGGGGAGGGGGGGUGGGGGGAGUUUCUGGGCUUGGAGGGAUAACUCCACAGGCAGAGGUUGGGGGGACAGGUGGGGGUGGGGAAGCAAGGGGGGAGGGGAAGGAGGGGGGCAAAGGAGGAGGGGAGCGAGGUGUUGCUGCAGAGAGGGGUGGUGAGGGGGGUGAGAAGGUGCAGACCGGUUUGGUGAAAGGAGGGGCGUGA